CUCUCUCUCUCUCUCUCUCUCUCUCUUUCUCUCUCUCCUCGCGAAGCCUCCUCCAAUGGCGCGAGCUCGAGAGCCUCCUCGUCUCUGCGAACGCUAGGGUUUCCAAAAAAGCCAUAGAUCCGAAACCUCCUCGUCAUCCUUUUCUUCCUCGCGGUUAAUUCCUCUCCUAUGGAUCCCGAGGCCCCCGCGAGCUCGCGCUUCGUCGCGGCGCUCAUCCUCGGUGGCCUCGUCGUCGGCGUCUCCGCCCUCGCCUUCCACCUCGGCCUCGCCACGCCGCGGCCGACGCCGCCGUACACGUGGUGGUGGCGGAGGAGGAAGAAGAAGACGAGGCCGGUGCGGGUGUACAUGGACGGGUGCUUCGACAUGAUGCACUACGGCCACUGCAACGCGCUGCGCCAGGCGCGGGCGCUCGGCGACGAGCUCGUCGUUGGGGUCGUCAGCGACGACGAGAUCACCGCCAACAAGGGCCCCCCCGUGACCCCACUCCAUGAGAGGUUGAUAAUGGUGCGAGCUAUAAAGUGGGUGGAUGAGGUUAUUCCAGAUGCCCCUUAUGCCAUUACAGAAGAUUUUAUGAACAAGCUGUUCACCGAGUAUAAUAUAGACUAUAUCAUCCAUGGAGAUGAUCCUUGCCUACUCCCUGAUGGUACAGAUGCCUAUGCCCUUGCAAAGAAGGCUGGCCGUUAUAAGCAGAUUAAACGAACUGAAGGAGUAUCUAGCACAGACAUUGUUGGUCGUAUGCUUCUUUGUGUGAGGGAGAGAUCCAUUGGUGAUAGUCAUAAUCAUUCUUCUUUACAAAGGCAGUUUAGCCAUGGGCACAGCCAGAAGGUUGAGGAAGGUGGAUCUAGAAGCGGAACUCGGAUAUCUCAUUUUCUGCCUACAUCCCGGCGAAUAGUACAGUUCUCAAAUGGGAAGGGACCAGGUCCUGAUGCUCGCAUUGUUUACAUAGAUGGUGCAUUUGAUCUUUUCCAUGCUGGACAUGUGGAGAUAUUGCGUAUUGCUCGAGAACUUGGAGAUUUUUUGCUUGUGGGCAUCCAUACUGAUCAGACGGUCAGUGCUACUCGUGGACACCAUCGCCCCAUUAUGAAUCUUCAUGAGAGAAGCUUGAGUGUUUUGGCUUGUCGUUAUGUGGAUGAAGUGAUUAUUGGUGCCCCAUGGGAAAUUUCAAAAGAUAUGAUUACUACAUUUAAUAUCUCGUUGGUUGUACAUGGGACCAUUGCUGAAAACAUGGAUUUUCGGAAGGACGAGUCAAACCCAUAUGCGGUACCAAUGGCUAUGGGCAUCUACCAGCAACUAGAAAGCCCUUUAGACAUCACAACUAGUACUAUUAUCAAGAGGAUUGUUGCCAAUCAUGAGGCAUAUCAGGACAUGUCUUUCCACGUGAAUUAUAAAUAUAUAAGCAGUAGGUGGCAUGUUUGGUUGUCAACCUAUGUUCAACAAAACGGAAUGAAAAGAAAGAAGCGAGUGAGAGGAAGUACUACGAGGGCAAAACUUAUGUAUCUGGAGACUGAACUCUUCUUAGGGGCUUUGGUAGAAACUGUUGGUGGAGAUACAUCUGCUAUUCUCGUAUCCUCGAUCAGCAAAUCCUUUUCUUGCUGCAUCUGCAGGCUAAUCCGGAGUUUCUCAUUCACGUUCCAAUUAGCUCGAGAGUAUAUAUAUAGGCUGCUGCAGUUAUAUCUUGUUAGCCAGUGGUUAGAGCUGUUUUUUUCGUCUGAUUUUAGGUAGAGCUUGUUACUACAUAAAGAGGGUCUCUUUUAUUUCAUUUUUGGUUUCUUUUUUUUUUUUGGUUUUUACUGUUCUAACUUUUGGCUCCUGUGCCCUUCUCGUCCUAUCCUGUAGUUAUCAGACGAGUUGUUUGUAUUGUUUGUAAACCACUGGGAGUAUGGUCUCAUCUAGCUCUUGUAUGAUCUUUGACAUAAAAGGAGAACUUUUUAAUCUGGUGAAAAAGGAUUAAUGUUGUAAGCGUCGGGGCUUACGACGCAACUUA